AACCUAAAUCCCUGCAGGAGGAUAUAUAAAUACAAGAUUGAAAACACUCUUUGCUUUAAGAUGAUGCGUCAGGAUGGAGACAAGUGCAGUAGUUGUGAUGCUUUGCGUGUCAUUUGUGGCUGUCUUUGGAAAUGUAAGGAAAAAGGACUUAAAUAGAGGGAUGAACGAGUUAAGCGAAAGCGACUACCUUCAAGAACUUCCGCCAAAAGCAAAAACUGCAGAGAAAAUCCAUCGUUUUUUCUUAGGUGGCUGUGCAGCAUCAAUCCAUCCUCUAUGGUAUGCAAGAGAUAAAAGCAAUACAAGAAAGAAAAGGUUGGUUAAAUCUCGUAAUUCCUACUACGACGUCGCAUUCCUCAUUGACGCAUCCGGAUCUAUCAAAGAAAAGGACUUUUACAAUGGAAUCAAAGCGCUUAAUAUACUGAUAACAAAGGCUAAAAUUUCAACAAAGUACGCAGUCAUUACAUUCUCAGAGAAAGGGGACAUAAAAUCAUUYUUCAUGUGGCCACCUAGUAAAAUACGAGCCGUCCUMAAGACAACAGAGUAUCAAGGUUUUAGAACCAAUACCCAAGAUGCUUUGCGCAAAUGUCGACAAGGUCUCUUUAUGAAUAGUUCUUCUGGAGCACGRCGAGGGAGUUAUAAAAGAGUUCUAAUAGUGACUGAUGGACGUUCYAAUAUUAAAAAUGAACUGACRCUUUACAGAGCUGCAAARCUGAAGAACUAUCACAUUGAGAUCUUUGUUCUUGCAGUAGGGAAAUACAUCCAAGGCAUUGAUGAACUAGCAGAAUUAGCAACGUCUAAACAAUGGCAUCUAUUUAGGGUGGAGACAAUGGAAGGUUUGAUCGAAGUGGUUAAGAUGAUACCCCCGAAUAGAAUCAGGACAAAAGUGGUGAUAACAUAGAAAUAGAUAAAUUAUAGAAGAGGUUCUAGCUUACGCUAUACUCCCGUUUCGUAUCUUCUUUUGUGCAAGCAUAGAUUCAGUCAAGUUUCUAUUGUCAUUUUUGUACACAGAGUGUUUGCAUAACAAUAGGAUCUCUGCUGAAGAAAACAAUAUAUUGCAUGCUUUUGAGGUUAAGGCUGCACAAACAAGAUCUCGAAACUGGAGUAUUUAGAUAGUCGCUAGGAAUUUGCAGGUUGAAUGGAUGAGUGAACUAUAGGAGAUGUGUUAAUGCCCUGAGAUAAAAAAUAMAAUAUGGUUUUGCGCUUUUAUUUAUCAUAAAUCAAUAACAAAAGUUCCUUAUUAACGUGCAGGAACGACUGGCGACCAGUCCUAAUKAUCCGUGCUGCAUGGAUUUCUGGCUGAUCAGAAAUAGCUUUGCAUUCUGUCUGUCCAUCUUUGCUUAAC